AGAAAUUUGAAAUCCAGUAAAUAAUCUAUCUUUAGGCUUUAGACAUGGUGUAGAUACCUCAGAAGUUUUUCUCUAUCGAGAACCUGUUUUAUAUUUUGUGAUGGAUGAGGAUGCUCUACGUGGAUUGGACCCUCGUGCUGAUCCACAGCUCCAGACUAGGGCUCUCCAGUACUUUGAGCAACUGAAAACAUCAGGAGAUGGAUGGAAGUUAUGUGCUGCAGCAUUUACAAAUGGAAGUUACUUUGGGAAUGAUCACGUGAGGUUUUUCUGUCUUCAGGUCAUUGAGCAUUACCUGAAAUUACAAUACAGAGAGGCAGGCAUUGAAGAUCAACAGAGUAUGAGAAAUCUCAUUUGUACCUGUCUGCAGCUGAUGGGAAAUGAGUCAAACCAAGACCGAAGUUUUUUACGAAACAAAGUAGCCCAGAUUGCCUCCCUCGCCUUUGUUAUGGACUAUCCCCACCGUUGGCCCUCAUUCUUUACUGACCUGAUAGGAAUUCUGUCCCCAAGUGCCAAGGCCGUAGACAUUUACCUCCGAGUGUUACUAAGUAUAGACAGCGAGGUUGUAGACAGGGAAAUUGUUCAUACUUAUGAGGAGAUCCAAAGAAACACUGUCAUUAAGGAUGCCAUGAGGGAACAGAGUGUGGUACAACUAACGGAGACAUGGUACACUAUAUUGACCCAGUUUCAGUCCAGUAACCCUGAGGUCACUUGUAUGUGUCUGGACGUCAUCGGGAAGUUUGUCACUUGGAUAGAUAUAAAUCUCAUUGCCAAUGAUAAAUUUGUACAGGUGCUGUUGGAGUUUAUGUCCAUGCCUCUACUGAGAGAGAGUGCAUGUGAUUGUAUCCAUGAUAUCAUAAACAAAGGCAUGGAACCAGUGGCCAAGACAAAACUCAUCGAGUCCUUUACAUCAAUUUUACAAGCUCGAGGCAUCUUCAACCCUCAAGAGGAGGAAGAAGGGGAUUAUUUAUCCAAGCUGUCUAAGCUGAUCAAUGGAAUUGGGGUCAACCUCAUCAUCAGCUGGCAAAAAUUACAGAAGAUGGAUGACCAGGAAAAUAGUCGGGUUACCAUGGCAGCCCUGGAGGAGAAGGUACCGUUGAUGUUCCGUUUCCUUGGUGAUGAGGACGAUGAUGUAUCUGGGGCGGUGGUCGCGUUCGUACAGGAAUACAUUGGUGUUCUGAAACAACUGAAGCAGCUGUCUCCAAAACACAGAGAACAUAUUGAGGGUCUCUUGUAUAUUGUGAUAAAGAAGAUGAAAUAUGAUGACUCCUACAAUUUCGACCAUGAGGGAGAGGAAGAGGCCAUGUUUCAAGAGUACAAGAAACAACUUAAAACCAUCUUCACAAACCUGGCAGCCCUGGAUACAGAGCUGAUGGUGGUGACAGUCCAUAACCUGGUAAGUCAGACCCUGCCCAGGUGGGAGGCCAUGAAGGUGUGUGACAUUGAGGUAGCCAUUACAAUGCUGUACAUGCUGGGGGAGGCCCUGCCAGGUUCCCAAAGUCAACAGUUCAACCCCGAUAUUUCCAAGGCCAGUCCCCUACAAAAUAUGAUGAGGAUGCUCAUCACUAGUCGAGUCAGCUGUCAAGGUCACAUGAUCGUGGAGCUGCAGUUUUUUGAAACCGUCACACGAUAUGAAAAAUUCUUCCUUGCUGAGCCUCAGCAUAUUCCAGAUGUACUGAUGGCCUUCACAGAUGAACGUGGUUUUCGUCAUGAGUCGGCUCAAGUCAGAAGUCGGACUUCUUAUUUAUUUUCAAGGUUCAUCAAAGGACUGAAGGGUCAGUUGAAUCCAUACGUAGAGGAAGUGUUGAGCCGGGUUCAGGAUUUACUGGUCCUCAACACACCAGACAAUGGGUACCAGCAUCUCCUGUCCAAUGAGGACCAGUUAUUUAUUUAUGAGACCGUCAGCAGUCUUAUUGUCUCCAGUAGUCUCUCACCAGAGAGAAAACACCAUCUCAUGAAAGAGUUACUUUCCCCUAUUGCCAGUAAAUUCGAGAGUUUGUUGAACAAGCUUCAGGUGGAGACUGAUGAAAAACGGCAGUAUGCCUAUGCUCAGAGCAUUAACAUGGCUACAUCAUUAGCCAGCCGAGUGAGUAAAGGUUUUUCUAGUCAGCAAACUAUGCAGGCUUGUGGUUGUGUGGAGACAUUUACAGACCUCCUAAAGAUCUUCCUUCAGGCGGUAAAUGUCCCCACCCACCGACAGCUGAUACAGAUGGGGGUCAGGCAGUACCUCCACAGAAUGGUGGUCUGUUUAGAGAAGGAAAUCCUGCCAUUUGUCCCCAUUGUUUUGGAGAACCUGCUGAAACAACCCGAGGCUAAGGAACUCCAUGACUUCUUACCUCUGAUGAACCAGUUAAUCAUGAAAUUCAAAUCUGCCAUAGUUCCCUUUCUACAACAAGUGUUCAUGCCUUUAGUCAGCACCAUCUUCCAAGUUCUGUCGACCCCUACAGAUGACCUUGACCAGGUCACGGCCGUAGAGAAGAAGAUGCUACAAAGAAGUUACUAUUUAUUUUUGUCCACAAUUAUAUCUAACGACUGUCUGGAUGUUCUCAAAAACCAAGAAAUGAAUAACCUUCAUAACUUACUUGUGACCAUUGUCCAAGGAGCAGCGGACAUUCCAGACCCACAGAGUCAAAAAAUGUGUUACAACAUCAUGCGAAAGCUGAUAGAGACUUGGGGUGGAAACAAUGGAUUGGUGGGUUUCGUGGAUUUUAUGUACAAGAGUUUCCUACCAGCUUGCUUCCUUGGUCCCAUGAAACCCACAUUUGAUUUGAAUGAUGGACAAACUUCAUUGGCACUUGGAGAAUGUGCACAUUGUCUAAAGAGUAUGGUUGAUAAAAGAGGCCAGGAGUUUUUGUCUUACCUGUCCAUGGAUUACCUGCCCAAACUUAAUGUACCUGCUGAAAACAUCCAGGAAUUCUGUGAAGCUUUAAAGACAGAUUAUAAAACUUUUAGAACUUAUUUAAAGAAUUUUUUCAUGAAGGCAAAGUCAUGACACAGGAUUGAACUCAGAAAGGGAGAUAACUUUUACCAACGUAGAUAUAGUGACCAUUCACAUUGUCAAUGCAUGCUGCUUAGUUCCACCAAAGAGGACUCUAAUCACAGCUUUUGUGUGAGGCAAUUUAAAAAUAAAGGCUUAAAGAGAAAAAGAAGUUUCCUGGCUGCAUGGAAUCAUUGUGUUAAAUUCUUGGUUGUAAUGAGGAAGUUGCUUUUCAUUAUUUUUCAUUGUCUUGAUGUUAAUUUAUAUCAUAGAAAACACCCAUUUCAUAACAUUGAUAUAUGAAUGUAUGUGUAUGAGAAUGAUUUUCUAGAUCAUGGUUCUGAAUAUACUGUAAAUAAAAAUGUUUUGUUAGAGCUGAUUGUUUAAGAAGGCGACAUGUACAUGUAUUUAAAAAUUGGUGCACUGCAAUGUUUUAAAUGUAAGUUGAAAAGUGUUUUGUUUAAUAAGCUAUUGUUAUUUUUGCAUUCAUUGGGUUAUGUUUUAGAGAAAGAAAGAGAGAGAGAGAGAGAGUCUUGCUAGAUGGUACAACUAACUGACCUUAAAUUUCAAAUCCUGUAAAAAUAGUUGAGUAUAUUUUAGCAGUUCUAAAACUUAAGCUCAUGAAUAUUCCAUAAGGCACAUGCUUUAAACAAGUGCAGUGAUACACAUGAAUUUAAAAAGUAAUAUUCACAAAUUGUAUGGCAAAAAAUAUACACGUUAAAUUAUAAUGUCAGUGUUAUUUUUGAUAAAUGUAAUUCAUGGUUUUAAUGUUUUUUUACUUUAUUUUUUAAAUUUUAUUUACAAAAUGCAAUGAGCAAUGCAUUUAGAAUCAAGGAAAGAUUUCACUCCAGUUAUUUUCUAUUGGCAAUAUAGAUAUUUUCGAUAGUAUACACUGUCUUUUAGUUUGAAUCAUAUGUUUAUAUGUACAAGAAUUGCUUCUUUUUUUUU